AAUCGAUCUGAUCAACUCUCUCGCAAAGCAAACUCACAAAAUAGCUAGUGAUGAAGGAGGGUGAUCACCACACAGAAUUUCGGACUUUCAUAUGAAUGGGAAUUAGCGAAUUUCUCAAUGACUCCUCGAUUAGCAGCUCGCAUUGGUCUUAGUUGAUUCCCGGGGUACACUAUGAAUAAUGCACCGAGAAAUCGAUGAUGGGUAUGUUCGGACGAACUGUACACAAUGGGAUCACACGUUCAGCUUGAAGCUACUGUUGGGAAGCUCAUGAAGCUUCCUGGGGCUAAGAAAAUACUUAGAUAUAUAGUAAGUGUUGGCUGCUUUGAAAGAAAUAAAUCGUUCUUCAGGACUUCAUCUACUCGCACAGGAUGAAAAUUACAUUUGGAUUAACGUUAUUGGCAUUCGCCCUUUUAUGUUAUCUUAUGUUAAGCUUACCGGCACCAAGCCUUUACUUAUCUUUACCAGGUGGGUAAUAGUCCCAGUUUUACUCAAGCCGACUGAGCAACCAACAUCGCACUCGCACAGAGGGCAUAUAUUGACGCAUUUGCACUCAACAUGGCUCAGGGAGACAGCCUUCCACUGUCCCUGGAACAGGCUACCCUAUAGCUAGCGAGGACGAUUCUUAUGACGUGCUAUGCGACUUUGCAUGUACGCAUAAUUAUUGCCCUCUAACGGCUUGUCCACUUAGCCCUCCUGCAGGUGAUGGAGGUGUCAUCUAUCUGCCGUCAUCUGUCUGGGACACUUCCUCUGACCAAUUCGGCUGCAAGGGGAACACUAUAUGCACAUUUAUCAUUCCACCUUCCUCUCUCCCAGAUCCUGAAACAAUCAAUGGGCCAGCACUCACAAGCACGCUGCUGGUAUCUUCUGCUGGGUCAGUUUAUACCAAGAUAACGGUGCUCAGCGUUGAACCGUUCACCAUUACGGAAAUCAAUUUCUGGUCAGCCACAAUCACAGCUGGUGAUGCAAACUAUGCUACUUUGAUUCCAGAAAAAAGUGUUCUGCCUCCUGCGUUCAUCUUGAACUUGCCCUGGGAGUGAAUUGACGUUUCCGCCAUCGGGUGCGUGGACUGCACUUGUAAUGAUCUCGCAGGCGCGAGGUGAGCUGUCCUUCUGGUUGUGAUAAGAUUAAUGACGCACGCAACUAACAUGUUUCGCAUAGGCCACGAUUUGGACGAGUAUGACAGUAACUAUAUUUACGACAAAGAGGAAAUGCCCUCAACCUUUAUUUACGUAAUUGACUCAUAUAUCAAUACAACCGAUAGCGUAAGCCGCUUUGCACAUCUACACUACCUUUGACCAAAAGCUGAUAAAUCAACUCAGCAAUUUGACAAGUUCAGAUCUAAAAUAACUGAUUUGAGCCCUACUGAGCCUGAUUGCUUCCAAAAGAUUUGGAGUUUCAGAAAACAUUUCCCCUGUCUUGAUUGGCUUGGA